CCUUGAUUUGUAUGUCUCGGCGGCGACCGAGGCUCCACCACGGUUCCUCGUGCAUCGUACAAAUCUGGCACUCAAUGCACAUACAAGGAGACUUGGAAUCGUCAUGACGAUUGAACUGACGCCAGAUCCGGAGCUGCCAUCAUUAUCAGCGAACCCAGAGAUUCCAUUCUAAGCCUCUUACUUGCCAUCCGCUUCAUCGAGAAUCUUGUCCGCUGAGUACGACAACCUUAUAUCGCCCCCAGCAUGUCUGUCGCUACGACCGAAAUCUCUAUACUGAAGCUGAGGGAUGGUGCGAAGAAGACGGUGGAAGCUAACACGUCCACGAUGAUGGAUGUCCUACUUGCGACGGGAAACGCGCAGGACUCCAUUCACUAUGGAUCACCACUUGAGGACCCUACGUUACUCCUCGUCUUUGUAGACUGGAACAAGAAAUCAGAUCAUGACGCCUGCUCCGAAUCUGACGAUUUCGUGAACAAGGUCGUGCCUGUGCUUCAGGCGAGUCUCGGCGCUGCUCCGGCGAUCACCCAUACCCCAUUCAAGUCGGGUGGUGCCACUGCAAACACCAAACGACCCGCGUUGGAUGCCACUGGAAAACUGUACACACGCGUCACAAUUCUGAGGAUAGUGGACGAUUCCCCCGAUAAGGUUCGCAACCUCGAGAAUGACCUAGAGGAGGCGAUGUCGCGCAUCAAAGAGCCGGAGACGUUCCGGUGGGGUCAAUCGGAGGAGGAGUUCAAGGAAGUGACCCGCGAGGGGGACGAGGGGGAUGAGGAAAUUGUGUGGAGAAAGCAGUUUGCAGUCCUCGAGGGGAAAAAUACCGCCGAGGCAUUCGAUGGGGGCAUCCAGCUGGACAACACACAGGUGCUCCACUCCUUUGUCGUCAAGUUGACCACGUAUCCUAGCAAGUGAACUCACAGUAUGAAUUACUAUGAAACCCUAACGAAGAAAAGUUUGUGAGAAGCUGUACGAGUAAGUAGAUUGAGCUCUACGUGUUUUACGUGACGAAAUCAUGUAUUCCCGGGACCCUUGACCAUACGGGAGAGGCACCGAGCGGCCGGAAAAUGCUUCCGAACCUGAAACAAAAGUGAACGAAUACAAUGAUCUGCGAUUUUGG